AUGGAGAGUACCCAGUUGAAGCGCUGCAUCUCCUCUAACCUGGUCCUGGAGAGCUGUGAGAGGCCCACCCGCCGUAUGCUGUGGAAAUCAGCGACUCCACCCAGCCCCUGGGCACCUUUCGCGUGUGACUCACCCCUCCGGACCCUGUGGUGGAGGUGCAAUGGGAAUACGUUUUACGGGGCGUCCCAGCUGAAGCUGUCCGUGGCUGGACGCCUGGUGGUGGUCAAGAGGGCCAGUUAUCAUCAGUGGCGGAGGUACUCAACACCGGGAGAGGGGCCAUGUGCCCAUCCUUAUGAGGAGAUCCACACACUGUUGGGUAAUGCCCACGGCAUGCCCUGUGCCCUGCCGUUCAUAUACAACAACAAGUGGUACUCGGAGCGCACGGCAGAGGGGCGCGAGGACCACCAUCGCUGGUGUGCCACCACCAGUCGAUACGACCAGGAUGAGAAAUGGGGCUUCUGUCCCAGUCAAGAGUUGAGCUGCGAUACGCUCUGGGACUCGAACCAGGAGAGCCGUGCGUGUUACCAGUUCAACCUGUACACCAUCCUGACGUGGAGCCAGGCCCACUCCUCCUGCCUGGCCCAGGGAGGAAGUCUACUCAGCAUCACUGACCUCACUGAACAGAUGUACAUCAGAGAGCGGUUGGCUGACGUGGGGGUGAUGGUGUGGAUUGGACUUAACCAUCUGAGUGAGAGAACAGGGUGGAGGUGGUCUGAUGGAUCUCCUCUAUCCUUAGUCAACUUCACCUCAGACCUAUCCUCCAGCCCACUGCAGGACAACAGACUUUGUGGAGUGUAUAACUCUGGGGGGCACCAGUGGCAGAGUCUGUCCUGUGAGUCUGCUCUACCCUACAUCUGUAAGAAGACCCCCAAUGACACCAGGAGAGCUGAGCCUCUUGAUAACUGGCGGUACUACCGCACGGUGUGUUCCGAGGGCUGGCUGGCCCACAACCGUUACUGCUACAAAGCCCUGGCAGAGGCUGAGGCAGGGAGCUGGGAGGACUCCUCCGCUGCCUGUAACUCCGUAGGGGCCAACCUCACCAGCCUACACUCGCUGUCUGAGGUAGAGCUGCUGCUGGGCCUGCUGGCUAACGUCUCAGGGUCUGGCUCAGAGGUGUGGAUCGGCCUGAUAAAGAAGCUAUCGUCUUCAGCUGUAGAGUGGUCAGACGGCUCCCCAGUCGACCUCACUCUCUGGCACGUGCAUCAUCCUACCCAUAGCAACAGUCAGCUCUGUGCCAAGACUGGCGUGAAGGAGGGGAACUGGCUGUUGGCACCAUGCGAUGAGAAGCUCCCUGCAGUGUGUAGGAGAGCAGGACUUCUGCCCCUACACCCCACUGGAGCAGGGGACGAGGGCUGUCCUGAGGAUUGGAAGCGGAAGGGCCACUCUUGCUACAUGGUGACGAGCCACGAGCAGAGCUAUGAAGACGCUGUCAAGGGUUACUACUGCAAGGCUCCUCUGGUCACAGUGGAAAACAGGUUUGAGCAGGCCUUUCUGAACAGCCUGGUAAAUGAGAUGGGAACCAACGGUAGUGUAUAUUACUGGACGGCCCUACAGGACCAGGAUAGCCAAGGAGAGUACAGCUGGCUGGGGGGACACAACGGAUCCACCCUACCCCUGCUCUAUACAAACUGGAACAGGCAUCAGCCAGUCAGUGCAGGUGGCUGUGUGGCUAUGACAGGCGGCCAGGCCUUGGGUCACUGGGAAGUGAAGGACUGCAAAUCCCAGAAGGCCUUGUCAGUUUGUAAACAGAGCAUCAGUGGUUACCAGGAGGUCCUGUUCCCCACAGUCCAUAUUGACGCUUACGCCCCCUGUCCUCCAGGCUGGGAAUCACACUCCGACCUGCUCCACUGUUACAAGGUCAUCUGCCUUUCCUUCUCUUCUCCCCUCUCCAUUCUAUCUCUUCUCCUAUUUCUAUUUCCUCAAUUUCUCGUGUCUUCCUCAGUUAUUAACUUGUUGCGAAAAGCAAUGCUUAUGCUACCACUUGAGAAGGUCCUGAUGAAGCGGUCGUGGGAAGACGCUGACUUCUUCUGCCAGGCUCUAGGAGCUCAGCUGGCCAGCAUCCACCACUACAAGGAGCAGGUCUUUGUCAAAGGACUCCUCCACUCCAUGUUUGAUGGGCUAUCAGCAGGAUCUUGGCAGUGGUCUGACGGCGCCCCCGUGGUGUCCUCCUUCAUAGAGGAUAAGAACGAGGAGGAUGACAGACGUAGCUGUGCCGUGUACAGCGACCUGACCAACGCCCUCCUGCCACAGCCCUGCGACAGCAAGCACGAGUGGAUCUGCAAAGUUCCCAGAGGCAUGGAGCUGAACAAACCCUACUGGUAUAAUGACCAGAACGAGCCCUGGGUGUUCUACAGAGGAGCAGAGUAUCUGCUGGCCAAGCAGCCUUUUCCCUGGGAGGGUGUUAACCUGGCCUGUAUGAUGAUGGGCGCCCACUUGCUGUCUGUCCACUCUAAAGAGGAGCUCCGAUUCAUCAGAGAGCGCAUGGGGAAGCUCUCUCUGGGGUCGACUGACUGGUGGAUAGGGCUGUCCACAGACCCCGUGAGGGAAAAGUUCAGUUGGAGUGAUGAGUCCGCUGUGGAUUAUCAGAAUUGGGCAGAAGGAAGCUCCCAUGAUGCCCCAGUGAAACAUAAACAGUGUGUGACCAUGUCCUCUAUCUCAGGUCAGUGGUCGGCGGGUGAGUGUGGCGGUCUCCAUGCUCACAUAUGUAAGCGCCGGACCGUGUCCGUGGUGGAGAUUCCCAGAGAGCCUCACUACAUCGGAGGCUGUCCAGAGAGAUGGCUCUACUUCGGACACAAGUGUUUCCUGCUGCACCUUCCCAACAGUGCUGAGGAGGGGAAGAGCUGGAGAGAUGCCCGGUCUAUCUGCUCCUCUUUCCAAGGCACGCUGGUCGCCAUCGAAGACGAGAUCGAGCAAGCGUACAUCACCAUGCUGCUCCAGGGCGGGACAGUGGGCAUUUGGAUUGGUCUACGGGAUGAGGACACCAUGAAAUGGACCAAUGGGAAACCUGUCAGCUACACCAACUGGUCCCCUGUAGAACCCAAGAACCCUCUGACGAAUGAGUGGCUGAGCGGGCCCCUGGGCGGGGACGAUCCUCUGUGCACGGUGCUCUCCAACAACCACAACUUCCACCUGACAGGGAAGUGGUUCGACGAGAAGUGCACAGAAAGUGGAUACGGCUUUGUCUGUCAGAGACCCCAAGACGCAGCUAAACCCCCAUCCCACUCCUACCUCCACCCUCUCCCUGACAAUAUUGAGUACAAGAACCGCAGAUACAGGGUUGUCCGUGGCAACAUGAGCUGGUACGAGGCGCUGCAUAUGUGCUUAGAGUCUGAGUCUGAGCUGGUGAGCGUUACCGACCCCUUCCACCAGGCUUUCCUUACUGUCCUUGUCAAUAGAUUGGCAUUCCCCCACUGGAUUGGACUGUAUAGUCAAGACGAUGGGAUCAACUACCAGUGGUCUGACGGCAGUGACACGGUCUUCACCCACUGGGUUGCGGCCGAUGAUGAUGAUUUCAUCCUGGGGGACUGUGUGUACAUGGACGUCACCGGGGGCUGGAGGAGGGCCGACUGUGAGAUGCCGCUCCAGGGAGCCCUGUGCCAUGUCCCACCACCUAAGAGUAAUGCGUUCACCAGCUACGAGGUUGUGUGUCCAUCGACGUGGGUGAGGUUUGGCGCCAGCUGCUACAGCUUUGAGCCCGUGGUCCAGAGACUGACCCUGGAGGAGGCCGGAGAGCACUGCAAGCACAAAGCGAACACGUCAGAGGUCCUGACCAUACAGACAGAGACGGAAAACAGGUUUGUCCUGGAGCAGCUGUGGUCGUAUGGCUUCCCACAUCAAGCCGUCUGGCUGGGGAUGUUCUUCAACACUGACGCGGGCUUCAUGGGAUGGUUCGAUGGUUCUCCUAUGGACUACUCCAACUGGAACGUCAAGGCCCCAGACCCCAGCCUGCUGACAGCAGACACCUGUGUGUCCACCAGGGUGUCUGAUGGGAUGUGGCUCCUCUCUCAGUGCACCGACAGACUGGGCUUUGUCUGCAAAACUAACUCAGAUACGAUCCCUGAGGUAGAAGUGGAGCCACUAAAUGGGUUGCACCACAGUGUCGUCCCAGCCGCGGUCCUGGUGGCCAUGCUGAUCUUCGCCGUGCUGGUGGCGGUGCUCUGGCUCGUCUACAAGAGGAACAGGACGCACUUCCACAGACUGCCGUCCCUGGGAAACGCGUACUACAGACAUACUAGUUCCCAGGCCACAGACUUUGAUGGAAACGUUCUCAUCGCAGAUCUGGAAGCUCACUCUGGAGAAUAGGGCGGUGUCCGAAAUGGCACUCUUUCCCCUAUUAGGUGCACUGCUUUGGUCAAAAGUAGUGCACUAUAUAGGGAAUACGGUGCUUUUUCCAGAUGCGCUAUAGGACUUAUUGGAGACAGAAAAAUGGUGGUGUUCUCUAAAGUUGGGUAAAGCAUGGGAAUGGGCUGAACUCUGUAUGACUGCGAAGAAUGGUAUGCCUCUGUUUGGGUCUGACAUGGACCACAGCAAGGGAACUUAGAGCAGGAUGUCAGAGCCCAAUUAGCUUUAUCCACUUGAAUCCACAGGAGGCUGCUGAGGGGAGGACGGCUCAUAAUAAUGUGCUGGAACAGAGCAAAUGGAAUGGCAUCAGAACGUGGAAACCAUGGAAACCAUGUGUUUGAUGUAUUUGAUACCAGUCAUUACCACGAGUCCGUUCUCCCCAGUUAAGGUGCCACCAACCUCCUGUGCUUUAUACAAGUAGUUGAUGAAUCAGGGACCAAUCGUGUGGCUGAGAGUGAGGGAGUGCAUCUUCGUGUGAUGUAAGUUUCGUCUUAAAGAGGACUAGAGCUGUUAUCCCAAGUACUUUGGCAUUCUAAUGUAGGCAUUUGAAAAUCGAUCGAUAUUCUUUGCACUGUAAGGUUGUUUUGUUAUUAUGGUACAAUGCCAACUGCUCCCACUAAUGCUGGUACCCACUAUAUUUGUGAGUACAAGUCUCUCACACAGUGAAGACCUAGUUUUCUGUAAUGCCUUGUACAGGACCCAAAACAAUUUUCUUCUUUGUUUACGAUAACAAUGGCCGUGAUUCAGUUGUGCUUUACAGCAAAGACAAAGUCAUGAUUUUUGCAAUACAUUCUGUAGUCACCUUAUAUGUAUUUUAUUCAUGAACAGAAAUAAGACCCCAAAUCAAUUCAAUCAAGUUAUUUUUUUGAAAUCUAACUUGUCAUUAAAGUACAGGGUUUCUUUGUUCCCACUUUAUUGCACCAAAGUCCAUCAAUGCAACACGGGAAAGAUUAUGUUUUAGUUUUUCAUGUUUGUUGUUGUUGUUUAUUGCGUAUUUUCCUACACACAGAACACACACACUCACACCCUCACGGUAUUUUUCAAACCUAGUUGAUAAGUCACAUGCAAUGAUAUUCAUAAGAGGAAGUGAAGAAAAAAUAAAGAGAAAAUGCCGGCAUUUAUUUCCGUUUUUUUAUUUAUCAUUACGAGAACAAUAUUUUGUCAUUCACUUCCAUUUUGUUCGUUUGGGUCCACGCGUCUGUCAAAAUGGAGGAGUACAGAAUGAAACAAAAGAUGAAACAAAAGAUGAAACAAAGUACUGUUAUGUAAAUGGUAGCUCUUUGAGAAAUAAGCCAGUAUUCUAAGUAGACUCGUGUGUGGGUUGUCUGUUACGAGGUACAGCCUUUGCUGUGUUACCUGUUGUUGUGUUUGUAUAUUGGGUACACAGAGUUAUUAGAUAUGAAAUAUGUUGACCUAUGGGUUUUCUGUUGUGUGGAAAGAAAUGCAUGCAAGAGGAUAUCACGGAUGCUUGAACAUGUUUACUGUCUCUUGUUAUUUUUUAUGUUGAUAAUGUUCAUAACAAAUGCUCUGUGCCUUCAGUGUAAAUACAAUGAAGCUGUAUCCA